CGGUCCCCACGUUAAAAGGACAAGAUCACCAAUAGAACUAAGCCAACCUCGGCGUGAGAUCUGGUCGAACGACAAGAACCUAACGAAAUUAGCAUUGAAUUACAACAUGAAGAUGACGAUCAACACACCGAAAGGAUGAAUUUCGACUAUACCAGCCAGAAUAUAGCAUGAGUUUAAAGUAUGGCAACUUGGUGUGAACUUUGAACUCUUAUUCACUAAAGAAGUGAUACCUCCUAGCUGUUGCGUUAGCAACCGCAGCUGUAAAAGUGGGCUAGGAAAGGACGGACAAAGGACCCGUUCUACCACACGACGACGGUACUACCAAGUAUUCGUUCUACCACCAGACAUUAUUCAAAGGACAACCCGGCCUUCCAUCUACGACCAACCGAUCGAAGCGCAGCUCAGAGGAAAGAAAAUGCAGCGACAAAACAAAAGAGAAAAAACGGAGACCUAUUUCCGUGGGGAGCAUAAGAGUAUAGAAUCAAUGAAAAUGGUGACCCCACUAAGUUGUAGACGUCUUAUUUCAAAAGACAUUCCACUGUACCCCAAAGCUGACAAAGCGGAAUUUCACGUGGACAAAGUCUGUCAUGUAACCACUCCAACAGGUCUGGCAGGAAUCAUGGAUUUGAGUGGAUUUACAGCAGGGCAAAGAGGGGGUUUCACAUGGUGGGCUCUUCACAUUACAGAAGGUGAAAUUGAGGCAGCAGAGAAUCGCUUCCUUGAAAAGGAACAGCUUUCCUUUGACCCAAAAACGGGUGAAGAAAAAAGACACAAUCCAUUCCUGAGGGAAUUCACCACCUCCCCUGUCUUCCAAAAGGGAUCUCGGUAUGGGAACUUUAAGUUUACCUUCCCCUUGGAGGAUCUCAUGCAGAUGUACACAGAGCAGAUCUGUGAGGGAGAGAAGCCUGUCCUGAGAGUCUAUGAAACCGUGUUUUACCGGCAGGAGAUCAUGUACGUUGUGGUUGUCCACGGUCCAGAGGUGACAGAGUUUGAUGAGUACCCACUUCUUGCUGAUGAGGAUGAUAAGGCAAUAUGCAUUUAUAAAGAUGGUCAAAUUGUCUGGCGUGCAGAAGCAAUAUGUGAAACCCAUACAAAGAAGCUGAUCAUCAACAGAGAGAGUGGAACAGUUGAAACAGAAGAACUAGGACGUGGUUAUGAGUAUUUCAUGUGGGACCAUGUGACCCUGGCAUUCCAUCUGCCAGUUGACCGCACCCUCGUAGUUGAAGAGAGAGUAUUAAAGGAUAGACUCCAUGCAUGUGAGGGUAUCACACCUUUUCUCCAGGAUGAGUUGUUAACACUAGAGGAGGCAGAAGAAGUAGUCAAUGGCAUAAAGAAUGCUAUAUAGGGACAGUGCUAGUGACAAUGCUACAUAGGGACAGUGCUAGUGACAAUGCUACAUAGGGACAGUGCUAGUGACAGUGCUAUAUAGGGACAGUGCUAGUGACAGUGCUAUAUAGGGACAGUGCUAGUGACAGUGCUAUAUAGGGACAGUGCUAGUGACAGUGCUAUAUAGGGACAGUGAUCGUGACAGUGCUAUAUAGGGACAGUGCUAGUGACAGUGCUAUAUAGGGACAGUGCUAGUGACAGUGCUAUAUAGGGACAGUGCUAGUGACAGUGCUAUAUGGGGACAGUGCUCGUGACAGUGCUAUAUAGGGACAGUGCUAGUGACAGUGCUAUAUAGGGACAGUGCUAGUGACAAUGCUACAUAGGGACAGUGCUAGUGACAGUGCUACAUAGGGACAGUGCUAGUGACAAUGCUACAUAGGGACAGUGCUAGUGACAGUGCUAUAUAGGGACAGUGCUAGUGACAGUGCUAGUGACAGUGCUAUCUGGGGACAGUGCUAGUGACAGUGCUAUAUAGGGACAGUGCUAGUGACAGUGCUAGUGACAAUGCUAUAUAGGGACAGUGCUAGUGACAGUGCUAUAUUGGGACAUUCUAGUGACAGUGCUAUAUAGGAACAGUUAUAGGGACAGUGCUAGGGACAGUUCUAGGGACAGUUUUAGGGACAGUUAUAGGGACAGUUCAAGGGACAGCGCUAGGGGCAGUUCUAUGGACAGUGCUAGGGACAGUUCUAGGGACAGUUUUAGGGACAGUUCUAGGGACAGUGUUAGGGACAGUUCUAGGGACAGUUCUAGGGACAGUGCUAGGGACAUUUCUAGGGACAGUUCUAGAGACAGUUCUAGAGACAGUUCUAGGGACAGUUCUAGAGACAGUUCUAGAGACAGUUCUAGGGACAGUGCUAGGGACAGUUCUAGAGACAGUUCUAGAGACAGUUCUAGAGACAGUUCUAGGGACAGUGCUAUAUAGGGACCGUUCUAGGGACAGUUCUAGGGACAGUGCUAGUGCUGACUUCUCAGAUCUCAGAUAAAACUCUCUCUAGUCAGUUGAGAAUGUGAUGUGUAUAAAAGGGGCUCAAUCACACAACCCUGAUAAUGCUAGAUAACAAAAUUGCCUGGCAAAACUGUGCUACAUUAUAAACAUUGUAAAAAUGUAUUUCCCUUUCUUUGUAUUUGCUGAUGUCUACUAUAUCUAAUGCAAAACAUGCAGUGUAUAUAUAUAUUCGUUAAUGAAUUUCCCAAUCCAUUCCAUUCCACAUACUUUAGUCUUAAACUCUGUAAUGAUUUACAUAGCAGAAAACUGGGCUUACUUUGGUUUCCCACCUUUUAUGUUCAUAAUACUAUACUGAAUAAUACAUAGAAUGGGGCAAACUGGUCCAGUUAUGAUGAAUACCUCCUUUGUGUUGUAUGUUAAUGUUUAAUGAAGUCAAAUAAAACAUGUUCAUCACC